GCUUGUAGCUGCUAAGAGUCAGUGAGAGCGCUUAAUCUGAUCAGUCCUGAAGAAAAGUUCACGUAGAACAUGGGGGCUAAACUGCUGUGCUUCUGCCUCGCCUCUGCCCUUGUCUCAUACUACAUCUAUACCCCCAUCCCAGAGAACAUCGAGGAGGGCUGGAAGGUGAUGCUCGUAACCUCUCUGUUUAGGACCGUUGGGCAUGUGGCUGAGGUUGCCGAUCGGCUGGGUAUGAUGCACUACAUGGAAGUUAUGAGGCUGAUCACAGUUGCUGAACACGUUGCACCGACCUCUGAUGAGAACGUCACCGUGACAGACACGGAGUUCAGCAACGUGGCCGUCCGCCUGUAUCUGCCCAGGAAGCCAGCCAGUGGGCUGAGGAGGGCAGUGAUCUACUUUCAUGGUGGAGGAUGGUGUGUAGGGCAGGCAGGCAUGAAAUCCUAUGAUCUUCUGUCAAGGUGGACUUCAAGCCAGUUAGAUGCUGUGGUCGUAUCAGUCGAUUACAGGUUGGCACCUAAAUACCAUUUUCCAGUUCAAUUUGAAGAUGUGUAUUCAGUGACAAAGUUCUUCCUCCAAAGCAGUGUGCUCUCCCAGUAUGGGGUAGACCCAAACAGGGUCUGUGUUGCAGGAGACAGUGCUGGUGGCAACUUAGCUGCAGCUGUGGUACAAAAGCUGCUAGAGGACUCUGAAGUCACAACUAGACUUAAAGCACAUGUUUUGCUUUAUCCUGCUCUUCAAACCCUUGACCUGAAUUUGCCAUCUUAUCAACAAAAUGAAAAUGGCCUAAUUUUACCCAAAUCACUUAUGGUCAGGUUCUGGAGUGAAUAUUUUACUUCUGAUUCCUCUCUCAGGGAAGCAAUGACCUCCAACAGUCAUGUCCCAGCUGAAUCAGGACAUUUGUUUCAGUUUGUAAACUGGAGUAAUUUGCUACCAGAAGAGAUGAAAAAAGAUUACGUUUACACCAGUCCUGUUUUUGGAAGCUCCGAGCUUGCAAAAAAGUACCCUGGGUUUCUGGAUCCGAGAGCGGCCCCGCUGCUGGCUGAGGAUGCCAGGUUACGUGGGCUGCCCCCUACCUACGUCCUCACAUGCGAGUACGAUGUCUUACGGGAUGAUGGAGUUAUGUAUGUCAGUCGCCUCAGGGCAGCAGGAGUUCGAGUCACACAUGAUCAUGCCAAGGACGCUUUCCAUGGGGCUCUGAUGUUUGUAUCAAGUCCAGCUAAUCUACCUGUAGGGAACAGGUUGAGAAACAGAUACAUUGCGUGGUUAAAUGAAAAUCUAUAACUUGAGAAGGGUGCUUGAGUAUGCCUGGCUCAUCACGGAUGAAAUUGAGAUGUGUAGGAAAAUGGAGACGAUGUGAGAUUUUGGGUGUGAUUGCCAUGUUCAUUUUGUUGCCCUGCAGUGUCUGCAUUACAGCAUUUCUCAUCAUCUCCGGCAGGGAAAUCAGUUUGAUUCAUCCUAUGUGUUCUUUCAGUGUUUUCUUCUGAGCUUAAAACAAAGUGACUGCCCUGGGAUUUCUCUCCUGGCCAAGGCCAAAAGGGUUGUUGUGCCUGACCCUGCCUCUGCACAGCCUGCCUGGGCCUGAGGAACCCCUGGCUGAGCUCCGCUGCUUGCACUGCAGGCUCGGCUGGUGUGGAGUGUAGGACGUGAGGUUGGUUUUCUCACUUCUUCCUAUUUCAAUGUCGUGGCAAUAGGCUUGUGCAAAUGUGCAGCGUAGCCAUUUGCACACAAAAGGCAAUCUGAGGCCACUUGUUUCCUGCCCCCUCGUCCAAGGGGUGUGCUGGCGAGGACCCUGUGCUGCUGUGGGCAGAUGGUGCGAGCAGAGGUGCAGAGACCAGAUCUCAUGUAACAAACGGCAGUUUGCUUGUGAAACACUGUCCACUGCACGUCUGGUGUCUGUGCUGUUGUCCCUGCAGCACAGUUCAAGGUAAGCACUAGAGAACUGAAGGGGAUGGCUGUGGUAGAGUGCAAAUAUUAAAAAUAUGCAUCGCUCUUACUCAGUAAUUACCUUCAUUAAGCUCUGUACUAGAAGGAAAUAGUGUAACAGAACAGCACUGGAUGCCCAUCAGAUAAAGAAAGACUGCAAAGGUCCUAGCCUUAAAGUAACACUGCUGUGUAAUUAUGUUCUACUUACUAAACAAGGAUAAUUAGAACACAUAAUACUUAAAGCUGUUUAGUAACUUUUGCAUAUGAAUUUUUAAAAUGAAAUUAACUUAGCAGUAUUGUAGGCUUGAAGAAAUACAAUUUAGUUCUGUCUUGAACAAAUAUCCUCAAUAGAAAUGUGUUCUGUAUUAAGCACAAGUAUGAGAAGUUGUGAAUGAGUGCGCAUAUUGAUUAGCUAUUGAUUUUAGGUAGAUCGCAAAAUACCAAAAAUACUUCUAACAUCCUGUUUCGUCUUUUGCGUAAAAGAUUGAAUCUGCAAGAAUACUGUUUUUUUCUUGUUGUUUGUUUCCAACUGUGUAUACAGCCUGUUCAGAUGGAAUUGUCAGAUUGCUGUAUUUUUCAUCUUCAUUAUGUUGAAUAUAAACAUUAAACUUUUCUGAUUACAGUGUA